UACUAUCUUCAACAUACUAUAUCGUCACUUAUACAACUACUGCCGUUUACCUAGAGACCUUAUACCAUCUCGAGAACUAUAUCAAGCAUAUAUCAAGCACACGUAAACACAAUGGCUUCCAGAAUGCUAUUCAGAUCAGCUGCCACAAUUGCUACAGGUAGGCAAGCAGUAGCACAACGGACCUUCACCACCAGCUCCGCAAACCUAUCUUACAAGGAGAGCAGCUACGGAUCUGAAACAUACGACCCAGAGAAGCACAAGCAAGACCUGCUAGCGAAGCACAAGGAAGGCAAGGCCCACUGGAAGCCCGAGCUAGCAUCCGAUAGCGAGGAAGCCGUAAAGGCAGACCGGCACGGCGGCAGCGGCAAGGAGGACAUCGCGACCCUGCAGGAACGCACCAAGCGCGCUGCUGAAGAGACCAGUAAGGCUGGUACCAGCAUGCGCGAUGGGCUGUAAGGUCCAAAGGGCUUUUGUAAGAAGAAAGGACAUUGGGCUGACUAGGGAGUUCAGAGUCGACUUGAUGGAUAGGGAUGACACGGGCCCGACGAAGUAAAACGGGUGGAUAUAGGUGGGAUGGAGAUGAUGAUGAUGAUGGGCAUUGUUCGGACGUUAGGGUAGGCGGUUUUAUGGCGGGUUUACUUAUAUGUAUU